UUGAUAAAAUUGAACUUCCUGACAAUUUUCCUCCGCUAAUUCAAUUCUCAAUACAGAUAAAGAUUAUCAAAUUUGUUUAUAUGUAAUUUCAUGUAAAAAUUUUUGACCGGUUUUCUAUGAAAAGUUUUCGAGUCGAAAAUAUUUGGAAAAAAUAAUAUUUUGAUGACUGCUCCAAAGAAUAUAUCCAGCGUGACGCGCGUGGUACCAAUUAAAGCCAAGCUCAGAAAAAACAACAACAAACAUGAGUGGUGGAAGAGCAGCAGCAAGUGUCAUGAGGGCUAUUAGAGUAAGCAAAUUUGGUGCACCAGAGGUUAUGAAGGUGGAAGGUGGAUUAGCGAUUCCUGAGCCAAAAUCUAGCCAGGUGUUGAUUAAGGUUGGUGCAGCAGGGAUUAACCCGGUGGACACCUAUAUUAGAUCUGGUAACAGAGCAACCUUACCUCCUCUCCCAUACACCCCUGGAGCAGAUGCAGCAGGAACGGUGGAAGGAAUAGGACCCAAUGUCAAAAAAUAUAAACCUGGUGAUAGGGUUUAUGUCUGUAAAUCUCCAGGCCUCCCAGGAACCUACGCAGAAUAUACACUUGCAGAAGAAAAGGAUGUAUUUUGUCUUCCUGCUAAUCUUGACUUCAAACAAGGAGCCACAUUAGGGGUACCAUACUUCACUGCUUAUCGAGCUCUCUUCCAAAAAUGCAACACACAACCCAGACAUACUGUUCUUAUACAUGGAGCAAGUGGAUCAGUUGGAAUAGCUGCCUUACAGUUUUGUCGUCAGUAUGGUGUGAAGGCUUUAGGAACAGCUGGCUCGGCUCCUGGUCUUGAACUAAUCAAGAGAGAAGGCGCUCAUCAAGUCUUUAAUCAUAGGGAGGAAGAUUACACACAGAAAAUCAUGGAUGCCACUGAUGGUAGAGGAGUUGAUGUCAUUGUUGAGAUGCUUGGUAACAUCAAUCUUCAGAAGGACUUAGAGAUGUUAGCCCAAGGAGGUUCCAUUGCAAUUGUUGGUAGCCGUGGAAAUAUUGAGAUUUCCCCUCGCUUAUUGAUGGCCAAAGAGACCACUGUAACGGGAAUAAUGUUGAUGUUAUCAUCACAAGAGGAAAGAGAGAAGCAAGCUGCUGCUGUUCAUGCUGGUAUUGAAGGUGGAUGGAUUAAACCGGUAGUAUACCAAGAGUAUUCUCUGGAUGAUGCACCUUCAGCACACCGUGAAGUCAUUGAAACCAAGUCAGCACAAGGUAGGAUCGUCCUGGUGCCAUAGUCACUCAACCAGAAACAUCAAACCCAUCAUUAUCAUGUUUGUGAAUGAUUGAUUUGAAUAUGUGGAUUAGAUGAAAUAAUGAGAUGCUUCAAAGAUUGGAUUUCUUGCCUUCACUGCCCAAGCUGUUAAGAAUUUGUUAGUGGCUAGGAAUGGCCCCUCUUCAAGAGAACAUGCUUGAGGAAAAGGGAAUACCUUUUGCGAGGGGAAGAUUAAUGGGGUUUGCAAGGAAUUUGCGAUCAAUUGCAAGUCUAUUUUUGGUCCCUAAAUCAAUCAUAAUGUCCUGUAGUUAAUCACAAAUUAGUGAUUAAUUGCUAAUCUGCUUCUUGAAACAAGAAGAUUGAUUCGAUUUGCUACAGCUAACGUUAAUCUAUCAGUUGUUAAAUUGCAACAGAAUAUUUUCUUGCAACAUCCCCUAAGCCUUUGAAGAAAGGGGAAUAUUAUGUAGGAUUAUAAUAUCACAUUCAUGAAUAUAUGAUCUAUCAUUUAAUUCAGUAAGAUAACAGCUAGCAAUCUGGAAGAAUGUAAUGAUUCACUUAAAAUCUGUCGAGCAUGAGUCAAAAUAGCCACUGGUGGACUUCAUCCCUAUUAGACAGUUCUUAGUAGAGAUAUGUCCAAUAAUGAUUAUUUCAUAAUAUGGUUUUAUACAGCAAUAUAUGAUUUGUAUGUAAUUCCAUGGGCAUUAUAUGUCAUUGUUUGAUAUAUGUAUGCGUAACUCUGAUAAUAUUUAAUUUAUGAAUUAUACAGAAUACAGGAAAUAUAUGAUGUCAUUUCAUAGUGGGUAUUUUUUUUCUUGUUCAAAUUACAAUUAAUAAGUAUUAUAUAACACCUAGAAAGAUCUUUGUCAUUUCAUUGUUUAUUUGAUAUCGAUAAUUUUACAAUGACGUCAUCAAGAGUGCAAUUUUGGAUUUAUUUAUCCUGCAAUGUUGGAUCCAUAUGAUUUUGUGCUUCAGGCACCAAAACUUUGCACCACAAGUUCAAGCACUCAUGUUUGCAGCACGCAUGUUGUGUGUACGGGACAAUCAACGAGCUAGCACUGCGUGAGCAUAUUUUGUAUCAAAACUCAUAAACUCAGAUGAAAAAGAAUGUAUUUUUAGGUGUCAUAUAAACCAAAUAAUGAAUGUUAUUUUCGUUCGUGCAAUGGAAAGAAUAAUUCAUUCGGUGAAAGAUGAAAUAAAUGAUCCAUUCAUCUCACCUACGCCUCGUUGAACGGAUCAUUUCUUCCUUCACCUCAUGAAGCAUUCUCUCUAUUGCACUCAUAAAUAUUCAUUACUUGUAUAUUACACUCUUAUUCAGUUUCAUUUGUUACUAAAUCUGUGAUCUUUCCAUUAAAAAAAUUGCAAUCAAUGAAUGAUAACAUUAAACUGUCAGUUUGAAUCACUCUAAGACCAAAAUAGAACAUGAAAACAGUAUACGUACUCAGUUUAUUAUUAGUUAUAUUCAAAGUACAUAGAGCUGACUUGUCCAUUUUCCCCACAAAAUAUAUCUUGUAUAGAUAUGAUAAGUUCGCACAUAUACAUGUAGAUCGUAGAGUUCCAAUUCAGGCUUGUACAUUAUUGUGUGAAUCCAUCAGGAUUUAAUCAUACCCUUGAAUAUGCUGAAAUAUCAAAGAAUUUAGUGAAAAAACAUGUUUUUAUUUAAGACCCAGACCGGAGCUAAAAAUGAAAUUGACAAAUUGGAAAUAUAUGAGCUACAUAGUACGACAAUGUAAGUUUUAUUCGUAUUCAUGCUUGGCAGCUGAGUAUUUUCUGGAGAAAAACUCAAACUGAGGUGUUUGGACAUUGGCAUCAGGUCGUGAUGUCAUGUUGUGUUAAAAGUGUUGUGAUUACAUAGGUUUUUACACAAAAAACACUGGAUGACUUUUCUGCAGUUAAGAUUAUGAAUCCAAUAUUUCAUUUCAG